AAUACCUCCUUGAACUUAGUCUUCAGCUUUAGCUUCAGCAUCUGCGUACGACACUCGCGCACGACGUGAACGAACAAGCUAUCGAAUGUCUCGUCACUAUGGCAUGAAAAUUCAAGUGCUCAGGCCCAAUUCUCAGAUCUCAGGACUCAGCAGUGCUUGAUGCUUGACAAAUACUGCAAUGGCCUGCACAGAUGACCGAAUUUGCUGAUAAAGCACCAUGUUCUCACUCAGAAUUCGGAUGACGUUUAUGUUGCGACCUUGGACAUGCUUCCGACGGUUAUAAGAAGGGCUCCUGCGGCCAUGGCCUCUGUUCGUCCCGUUCUCGUCGUUGCUGGUAUUGGGAAUGCUACCGGUACCGGUGGAGCUACAGCACGACUCUUUGCCAAGCACGGGUAUAGAGUUGCUCUUGUUGCCCGCAACGCUGACCAUCUCAACAAUGCUGCCGCCGAAAUAAACAACUCUGGCGGAGAAGCUGCAGCUUUUCCUGUGAAGUCGUACACUUACCCCGAGAUUAACGCUUUGUUCAAAGCUAUCCGUGCUCACAAUUGGCCUUCUCAAGCCAAAGCUGAGAUUCGUGUGGCUCUUUGGAACGCCUCUCACGGAGUUUGGAAGAACUUCCUCGAUGUCACCGAAGAGGAUGUUCGAGACAGCGUCGAAGGAAACAUCGUCGGACCCUUUGCUUUCUCUCGCGAAGCUAUCUUGGCUUUCAAGGAGAAUGAGCUCGACGAUCGUGGACGACGAGGCACUCUACUUUUCACAGGUGCUACAGCAAGUAUCCGGGGCAACGUCGUGACCAGUGCGUUUGCAGCGGGCAAGCACGCCUUGCGAGCUCUUAGCCAGAGUCUGGCGAAGGAGUUUGGCAAGCAGAAUAUCCAUGUCGCCCAUGCGAUUAUCGAUGGCGGUAUUCUGACUGAUCGCUCCCUUUCUCGCCAUGAAGGUGACGCCCAGAAAGAGUACAAGAAUAACUUGGAUAUCAGACUGAGCCCUGAAAGCAUUGCUGAGUCGUAUCUUUACCUGACGAACCAGGAUAGGUCUGCAUGGACCUGGGAGCUCGACCUUCGCCCUGCUCACGAGAAGUGGUGAACGCGCAUGUCGAUUUUUAUCCAAGCAUUCGAGAGGUGUCCGCUUAUGUUGUUUUCCUGAUUCUGAAGUGUACCAAUAUGUAAAAAUAGCAACGUUGUCUCGAUUGAAAGAAGCAUCUUCUGUGC